CAUGCCUCUCCUUAUACGGUCCUAUUCAGGAUUCUCUGUCAGAAAAAUCCAGCACUAUGCAUAUUCUACUAUCCCUUCGCCCGUGAUUACUGUCGCUAAUGUGCCUGCGCCUCAUUGUGGCAACAUCCGAAUCCUUUCCCUCAACCGUCCUGCUUCGCGCAAUGCUAUAUCCAGGCAAUUACUCGCCGAGCUCAGUCACCAGGUGAAUAGCAUCCACCACGAAGGCGACGCAAGCGCUACAAGAGCUUUAAUAUUAGCUAGCAAUGUAGAUUCCAGCUUCUGUGCUGGCGCAGAUUUGAAGGAGAGGGCGGGGUUUACUCAAGAAGACACAAAUAAUUUCCUCUCUACUCUCCGCGGUACCCUUGCCUCCCUAUCAGCCCUCCCAAUCCCUACGAUAUCAGCACUUGCGGCACCUGCGUUCGGCGGCGGUCUUGAACUAGCUUUAGCCACACACAUGCGUAUCUUUGCGUCCACUACAACCGUUGCGCUACCAGAGACAAGGCUUGCGAUUAUACCAGGAGCUGGGGGAACUUACAGACUCCCAGCGCUGAUCGGAUUGUCACGAGCUCGAGACUUGAUACUGACAGGGCGGAAAGUUGGCGCUCCCGAGGCAUACUUUCUGGGCAUAUGUGAUAGACUGGUAGAAAUCACACCAGAGGAAGCACAGCAGGCAGGUGCUGCGCGAACAAAGGUUUUAGAUGAGGCUGUGAAGCUUGCGAGAGAUAUCUGUGAGGGUGGGCCUAUUGCCAUCAAGGCUGCACUGAAAGCUGUUGAGGGUUGUGCGUUGGGUGAGAAAGCCGAAAAUGCGGCGUAUGAUGUUGUAGUGAAGACUAAGGAUCGCGAUGAGGCAUUGCUCGCCUUCAAGGAGAAGAGGAAACCCGUGUUCAAAGGGAAAUGAAAGGAAAUGAAGAAAACAAUACUGAACCUCGAAAAUGUAACAUAUAAAUGGCCAAAAUUCUCCCAUUUUCAAUUGGAGUAUUUACACCUUGCACAAUCCCACCUCACAUC